CGUCGGUUGUGUGGCUUCGCGGCGCUCGCAGGAUUCCUCUGGGAGUGCGCGGAGGCACGCGUAAAAAAUUGCAGAAUCCCGGCGACUUGCCCCGUCGCGGGUGGGGAUUCAGACGGUUGUUGCGCGCUGCCGCUUCUGGCUGCUGCAGGCGUCGAGGUGGCCGGGGACCCGCUGCGGUGCUCACCCGACACUUCUCUCGUGCAGGCGGAAGCACGGGCCGUUUUGCCUGCCUUGCUGGCAUUCGCCGAGGGUUUGCCCCAACGCAUGGGUGCCUGCACGUAUGCUGCCCCUUUGCAGGGUGACGCCUUUGAAGAGGCGAGCAGCGCGCCCUGGCGCGGCAAUUGGAAGUUGUAUUUUGUGUCCACUUCAUCGGCGCGCCUUGAGCACACGUGCGGUCACAGGGCAUCUCCGCGCGGAUGGCGCGUCGCGUGGCCCUAA